GUGUAAAUCAUUUUUGGAAUCCCAGCGAGUGCUGAAAACAAAACGCUUAACAUUACAAACAACCCCACAUAUUCGAUUUUAUUAUACCGCCCAUAACAAUAAAUCGUUUUAUUUUGUAACAAACGUACUCCGGACCUGAGUAAUUUCCGAUUUCUAUUCUAACCUCUGCCUCUGAUGUUUUUCGGGAAUGCCACUGUUGUUUCGACGGCGAAAUAUGUUGUAGAUGUCGGAUGAUAUGCCGAAUCGAUAGUGUACGAUGGAGAUAUACAUAAUAGUGGGAAUGGCAGUGUUGAUCUAUACGUUGUUGACAUUGUUGCUAAACAGCGAUUGCUGGAGUGCGGAUCACCAGAAGUGUCAGUGUGAUGAGUGCAAGACCACGUGUCAGUACCGCGCGAUCACGCCUUCAGUAUUAUCAGUGUCUUCGCGUAUUGACGUCAUCGAACGCCCGUAAACAUCUUCAGCGGUGUUGAUCGCCUGGUAUCGUGUUGUCACGAUCACACCUUCAGUAUUGUCAGUGUCUUCGCGUAUCUACGUCGUCGAACGCCCGUUAACAUCUUCGUGUUGAUCACCUGGUAUCAUUAAACAGUUGACGUGUUAACAAAAUCUGUGUCGUAUCUCAACACGCAAAAACCUCUAGUGACGUCAUAGACUUCGGGUGCUCGGAGGAUUCGCGACACGGCCAGGAUGGUGGCUUAGCCUCGGGCAUGGACCCGUUGGCUCGGCUGAUGGAGGGAGCGCCGCUGCCCGGCGUGCUGGGCGCCACCAGGGACGCGCGGCCGCGCGGCGCGCUGGUGCACGCCAGCCUGGCGGCCGCGCCCGCGCUCGGCGACAAGAAGGGCCGCCACCUCACCGGCACCUUCUGCCUCACUGGGGACACCAUGGAGGGUAUCAUACAAUGCCUUGUUUUCCUCAAAGCGUUUUCGACUGGUGAGGGAGCGUGCACAGGUUUUCAAUAA